UUGCAGGUUUGAUGUCUUUGUUAUUUAGGCGUUGCCCUUUCCUACAAUAACAUCAUAGCACAUGGCACUAGCAGUCUCUGUUGUUCAAUCGUGUGGCACGUGUUUUGGUGAGAAAUGCUUGAGAAGUGUGAUAACAUUUGAAGCAGAGAAAGGAUAUAUGAAUGUUCUCUGUAAUAAAAUGAGGUUUAAAAAUUUUCUGUUCUCUAGGGUUUCAAAAUUAUGCUCUCAAUCAAAGCAUAAGAUUGCAGAAAGGCUGUUGGAGGAAGUGGAAAGGUAUGAAGCGGCAAGUGUCACAGACCGUUCAAAGUUGCUUAAUAAGGUUUGCAAGCUAGUGUUUAUGUUGCAUGAUAUAUGUAGCUUGGCAUUAUUUAGAUUGCAUUCAUUUUAAAUCAGCCAAGGCUAU